AUGACUUGCCGACUAUGCUUUACUACCCGGUGGCGGUGGGCCACCACCGCAACGGAUCCCACCAUUCAAUGGCUGUGCAAACCGCUGGGAUGUCAUCGACUGUUCUCAUCGCUGGCGGACACUCCCCACCAGAUCCCCGACAAUAUCUCGUACGUGGAGGAGGCGGAGGACCCGUCCUUCUUCCAUAUGGUUGAGUACUUCUACCACAAGGGCUGGAAAGUGGUCGAAGACAAGCUCGCGGAUGAGCUUAAGGGCAAACUCUCGCCCGAAGAAAAGCGCAAGAAAGUGAGGGGUUAUCUGACGAUCAUAGGGCCCUGUCAUUCAGUCCUCGAGGUCUCCUAUCCCAUCAAACGAGAUAAUGGUGAAUACGUUAUGAUCAACGGCUGGAGAGCACAGCACAGUCACCACAGGACGCCCUGCAAAGGAGACGUGUGUUUGGAUGAAGUGAAGGCAUUGGCGGCUCUCAUGACAUUCAAGUGCGCUGUGGUGGACGUGCCCUUUGGCGGCGCGAAGGCCGGCCUCAAGAUUAACCCCAAAGAGUUCAGUGACCAGGAGUUGGAGAAGAUUACGCGAAACUUUGCGCUCCAAUUGUGCAAAAAGGGGUUCUUAGGGCCGGGCAUCGACGUGCCGGCGCCCGACAUGGGAACGGGUGAGCGCGAGAUGAGUUGGAUCGCCGACACGUACGCCCAGACCAUCGGCUACACAGACAUGAACUCUCACGCGUGCAUAACCGGGAAGCCGAUUAACCAAGGUGGAAUCCACGGCCGAAUCUCCGCCACCGGAAGAGGAGUUUUUCACGGAAUCGACAACUUUAUUAACGAGGCCUCGUAUAUGUCAAUGGUUGGCAACACUCCCGGGUGGGGCGGAAAGACGUUUAUCGUUCAAGGCUUUGGAAACGUUGGCCUUCACUCCAUGAGAUACCUGAACAGAGCCGGCGCUCGAUGUAUAGGAAUUCAGGAAAGGGAUGGAAGUAUUUACAAUCCCAAUGGCAUCGAUCCCAAGGAGUUGGAGGAAUGGAAGCUGAAUAACGGCACAAUCGUGGGCUUCCCGAACGCCCAGCCCUACGAGGGACCACAGGAGGCGCUUAUGUACGAGAAGUGCGAUAUACUGGUGCCCGCGGCCAUCGAGAAAGUUAUCAACAAAAAUAAUGCCGAAAAACUUCAAUGCAAAAUAAUAGCCGAGGCGGCUAACGGCCCCAUCACACCGGCAGCCGAUAAGAUAUUGUUAAAUAGAAACAUAUUAAUUAUUCCCGACCUAUACCUGAAUGCUGGGGGAGUGACUGUCUCCUACUUUGAAUGGCUUAAAAACCUUAAUCACGUCAGUUAUGGCCGAUUGCUAUUCAAAUACGAACGCGACUCUAACUACCAUUUAUUAGAGAGCGUUCAGGAAUCGCUGGAAAGGGGUUUCGGUAAAGCCGGUGGUCGUAUACCUAUAGUCCCGAGUGAAGCCUUUCAGAAACGAAUAUCCGGUGCUUCAGAGAAAGAUAUCGUCCACUCAGGCCUCGACUACACGAUGGAACGGUCGGCCCGGCAACUCAUGAGAACAGCCAUGAAGUAUAACUUAGGCCUCGAUCUACGAACAGCUGCUUAUGUGAACUCAAUCGAGAAGAUAUUCAACACAUACAAAGAGGCCGGCCUUACGUUCACAUAAUCGGUGGCACCGAAUACGGCCAACCCUAUUAGUGACAAAUUAUUUUGAUAUAUAUUUUUAUAUAAAUGUUUAAUCAUUGUUGCCAUAACCCGAUAUGUGAGAUGCCAUGAGUGCAUCAAAAACUGUUAAAAUUUUUUAAUCAAAUUAUAUGACAAAUCAAAAGCGACUAAUAUAUACC